CUCGUCUUAUCGCCUUAAGUCGAACAGAUAGAUACUUCGCAGCAGCAGCAGCGGGGAGUUGCAGAGUCUGAACUGUUAAAAAUGGCGACCAUGACUUCUCUUCAGAGCUCGUUUACAUCCCUUUCGAUAUCCACCAACUCCUCCUUCCUCGGCCAGCGUCUCCUUUCCCCGAUUUCCCUCUCCGCCGCUUCUCCGGUCAAGCCCGCUCAGAACCCAUGCCUUGUUUUUGCAAAGCUUAAGCGUUGGGAACGGAAGAAAUGCAAACCAAACAGUCUUCCAAUUCUGCACAAAAUGCAUGUCAAGUUUGGAGAUACUGUCAAAGUUAUCUCUGGGCGAGACAAGGGUAAGAUUGGAGAAGUCGCUAAGAUCUUUACCCACAACAGCACCAUUGUCAUCAACGAUGUCAACCUCAAGACCAAACACAUGAAGAGCCGUGAAGAGGGAGAGCCUGGUCAAAUUGUCAAGAUUGAAGCACCGAUACACAGCUCAAAUGUGAUGCUGUAUUCGAAAGAAAAAGAGGUGGUAAGCCGAGUGGGUCACAAGGUCCUUGAAGAUGGACAGAAGGUAAGGUAUCUGAUCAAAACUGGGGAACUUAUCGACACCGUUGAGAAGUGGAAGCAACUUAAGGAGGCAAAGGAUAAAGAAACAUCUGCAGUUACAGUUGCCUCCACAUCUUAGCAUGUCACCUGUUUCUUCUUCAUUGCACUUUUUGUUUGUAGACUAAUGGACCUAUGUAUUUGAUGGAUAAAUUGAAUCCCUUUCAAGA